AUGUCAGCCGCAACACUCACCCGUCCACCACCGACCCACGCAUCCCAAGCCGUCCGGAGGCCUACAGAGUCACAGCACGACAAUGGCUCUCUUGAUCACAUGCACAGAAAACGAAAGAGGCAGAAGAAGAGCAGGUAUCCACCGCCGUUCACACAAAAGGUCGGCCUUGCGGCGCAGGUCUAUGGCCUCCAGGGACUGUUGGGCACAGCAACAUGGUUCCAGGGAUGGCGGGAAUGGCUCUACCCGCCGGGUGGCGGACCGAACAUUGUGAAAGCCUACGAGGUGCGGCCGAGCUUCGGCGUGCGCAUCUUCUUCCCGGUAUCCUAUGACCUCACGUCCCCACAAACACUCCCGACCGUCUUCUCGAUCCACGGCGGCGGCUUCUGCCUCGGUGCAGCCCGUGAUGACGAUGAGUGGAACAGGGCGUUUGCAGACUCGCAGGAGAUGCUUGUCAUAAGCCUGCCGUACUCCAAGGCCCCGCGCGCCCCGUUCCCCGCUGCACUGCACGAUCUGGAGUCCCUAUACCUGGCUGUUCUAAGCGACGAGAGUCUGCCCAUCGAUCGGACGUCAGUUGCAGUGCUUGGCUACGACGCCGGCGGGAAUCUCGCCCUAGGCCUAAGCCAGCUGCUUGCCAUGCGCAAGAAUACAGUGUUCCCCUCUGCGGCGGUCAGUAUCUCGGGCUACCUCGACCUCGAGAGGUCCGCAGCGGAGAAGUCACAAAACAGGCCUUACAGGGCUGACCUGCUACCGUGGCCGCGAAACGGGACAGUCGACCCGCUGGCGAGCACGCACGAAGCGUAUGUGUGGGGGUACACGCCGUACGGGCACGAUCUCAGAGACCCGCUCCUGAGUCCUGCAUACGCGACUUGGACUGACGAGGACGGGGCUGGUGCUAGUGGUGCAGGUAGAGGAGGACAGGGAGGAAGAAGUGGUGGGCUUCCGCAGCAUGUUUGUCUUGUUGGGGCUGAGCUGGACAUGUUGGCUCACGAGAGCUGGCGGCUAGCCUGUCGUCUGGUCCGGGACGGCGGCGUGAAGAGGGGCGACGGGCAGUAUGAGAAAUGGAGAGUGCCUGACCCGGAUGCCGAUGAUCUUUCCGAGAAGAUCUGUGGGCGGGGCCAAUCUGGGCAAGGCGAGAUGGACCAAAAGGCUGAUGAUGGUCUGAGCCUGCGCCAUAGGUCUGGGUUUGAAGUACGCUGGGCCAACACGGGCAGUGCCUCUCCUGAUGGAAGCGUAAAGUGGAUACUGGUCCCAGAUGAACUCCAUGGGUUCGACCGUGUCGUAGCCUCUCGUGCCGGAGCAACACAACUACAGCCUGCGCAGCAUCGUGAUACUAACGCGUGUGUGGGAGAGAUCGGAGAGUGGUUGCGCGAGACUGUUUGGGGGAUAUGACUGAUUGAUUCCCUUGCUUUUCGGCAGAAUCUACUACUGUAGAAUAAUCCCAACCAACCUCUUGCAUUCGUUCC